ACACGUGGGAGCACAUAUUGUCCCUCUCUCGCCUCUAAUCUUGCCCGUAGUCAUAACGGCGAACGGAUUCAUACCGAACGGCUCCAGAGACUGACGAGAAGUUCACCGAAGAACUACAAUUCGGCACCAUGAGAACUUUCUUAAGCUUGUUUGUUAGUUUGCCACUUUUCGCGGCUUGUCUUCUUGCUGUUUCAGUCUCCACUGCGAGCGGGCCCUGCAAACCUAACCCUUGUAAAAACGAUGGCUUCUGUGAGAUCAACACCCCGAGAGGAGACGUCUUCACUGAAUAUGUGUGCAAGUGUCCAAUAGGCUUCGAUGGAAUCCACUGCCAGAACAAUGUGAAUGACUGUGCCGGCCAGCCCUGUCAGAACGGAGGCACCUGUCGAGAUCUUGAUGGCGAUUUCACCUGUAAAUGUCACUCGCCCUUUGUAGGAAAGCACUGCCAUCUGCGAUGCAUCUCUCUGCUGGGAAUGGAAGGAGGAGGCAUCGCAGAGUCUCAGAUUUCUGCCUCUUCGGUGUACUACGCUAUUCUGGGACUGCAGCGCUGGGGGCCCGAAUUGGCCCGACUGAAUAACAAGGGACUUGUUAAUGCUUGGACCUCUGCGACACACGACAAGAACCCCUGGAUCGAGGUCAACCUGCAGAGGAAGAUGCGUUUCACUGGCAUCAUUACCCAGGGUGCCAGUCGCAUGGGCACAGCCGAGUUCAUCAAAUCCUUCAAGGUAGCGUCGAGUUUGGAUGGGCGAACCUACACCAUGUACAGAGCUGAGGGCCAGAGCAACCACAUGAUCUUUGUUGGUAAUAUGGACAAUGAUGGGACAAAGACCAAUUUGUUCGACCCUCCAAUCAUAGCUCAGUACAUACGAAUCAUUCCCGUUGUGUGCCGUACAGCGUGUACACUGAGAAUGGAGCUGGUGGGCUGUGAACUCAACGUGUAUUUGAACACGACAGGUUGCUCCGAGCCACUAGGUAUCAAGUCACGGCUGAUCGAUGACAGGCAAAUGACAGCUUCCAGCUCUUUCCGCACCUGGGGGAUCGAGGCGUUCACCUGGCACCCACAUUAUGCUCGUCUGGACAAGCAAGGCAAGACCAACGCCUGGACAGCAGCCACUAACAGCCACUCCGAGUGGCUGCAGGUGGACCUGCUCAGACCAAAGCGCAUCACGGGGAUCAUCACGCAAGGGGCCAAAGACUUUGGUAAUGUGCAAUUUGUGUCCGCCUUUAAAGUGUCUCACAGUGAUGACGGCAAAUACUGGACCAUACUCAAAGACGACAAGACAAAAACAGAUAAGAUUUUCCCUGGCAACAGUGACAACAACGUGCACAAAAAGAACGUGUUCGAGCCCCCCUUCUACGCACGAUUCGUCCGCAUCCUGCCGUGGGCGUGGCAUGAACGCAUUACCCUGCGAAUGGAGCUGCUGGGCUGCGAUGAGUAGCACUCUCUUUCUCCUUCUCCCCUCUCUCAUUCUCUUUCUCUCUCCUUCUCUUUUAUACUUCCCACCAUUCCUUCUUCCCUCAACCACGCCUGCACUGCCUCACUCUUAGCAACAGAGGGCACCAUCAUCACACCACCUUACACAGCUGGGGACCGGCAGGAAAAGAAGCUCAAACCCACAGCGUGACGCCUUUACCAUUAAAUAUUUUGUACUAACACAAGUCUGAUGCAGUGACCCUUUGAAGAUGAAGUCAAUGUUUAUUAACCCUAGAUGACCAUAUAAGAAAAUAGCUGAAGUUUUGAAACUUUAUUGUUACAAAUGAGUUGUAACAAUUCUAUUUCUUUUUUGGUCAAGUAAAACUCAAACUCAGUUUUUCUUGAAAAAAAGAAACUGUACAUACCAAAUAAGUCACAAUUUAUUUGUUUUCACAAGAAUCAGUGUUUUAGUUUGGUUUUAAAUGCAGUCAAGCUGUUUUAUAUCUUAUCUUACGAAGUAGUUUAAAUUAGACAGUGACAAAAGUCACGAAAUAUGGUUGUGCUAAUUUGUAUAUUAUGUAAUAAAAGUAGCCAUUUGAUCAUUUCUUUCUUCUAUAAAAUAAUAUUUGGUUUAAAUCAAUUUAUUUUUUUUAACUAGGCUAAUGCAGUCUUUUUUUAAAGCCUCAUCAAACGUAAAUAUAAAAUGUGACAGUCAAUAAUCUAUUAUUGUUUGAUCACUUUUGUUUAAUUUGAAUGCCCACUGUUCUCAGGUGCAGUUCAGUUAUUUGCAGUGUGCUACUGAAUUUUAUUUGUUUCAUUUUAUUCCAGCAUAAUUCUGAAAUAAACCAUAUUUUUUGGAUACAAAAACACUUAAAAGCCAAAGUGAUCUAAUGUUUUUCUUAUUAUGAUGUUAGCAAAUGUGAUGUUAGCAAAGGAUAUGUAUAUAAUUUUUUUUUUUUUUAUGGGGCCACACUUACAUUGUAAGCUUUGAUGUACCCUGUCACUAUAUUUGGUCCCAUAAUGAGAUGCGGGACGGGUGCAAAUCUAAUUUAGAAUAAUUUUUUACGGUGGCACUGAACCUCUGAUAUGACCGUCCAAUCUACAUAAUGUUUUCAAAAUGAUGCAUUGUGACCCCUCACCCCAACCCAUCCACUCGAAUAAAUUUACAAUUUUGGGCUUGUGCAAUAUGAUAUGAGUAUUAUGAAUUAAUAUUAAUAGAGCUUUAGGAGAAUAUAUAUGGGCAGUAUUUCUCUGAGAUAUUUUCUGAGAAGAAGCAAAGUGGUAUUCAAGGUAACAAACACUGAAGAUCAUUCUGAUAAUCCAGCAUGAUUUCUGCAUUUAGGCUGCAUGCGUUUUGAUUUUCUUUGCUUUGGAUUCUGUACUGAUUUUUCUCACAAUUGUAAAGACACAUUGACUUUGGUAUUUCUAUUCAAUGUGCUCUUAAACUUUUGUCUUCUUUUUUGUAAUUUUUUAAAUGCCUCAUACUGUAGCACUCUUCUUGUGUUCAGAUUGUUUAUGCUAGAAGCAUUUCCUUAGUAUCUCUUGAAAUAUUUUCCUCAUGUUUUCAACUGUAGAAACAAAUAAAGAAUAUUAAUAGAUA